AUGAACGGAAUGGCGCCUCCAGGAGUUCACCCUGUGGCCAUGUCCCGUCCUCAGGUCGGCAUUGAGCGCCUACCGACACGACGGAUGAGCAAUGAGCCGCGGGAGUCAAUGAACUGCAAGUCAUGCCGCAAGCGCAAGAUCAAGUGCAACCGACUUCGCCCCUCGUGCGAAGCUUGUCAAGUCUUUCAAUGCCCAUGCAUAUACGAUGCCGUGCCGAAAAAGCGUGGACCCAAGACGGAUGUGCUUGAGGCUCUUCUCAAGAGAGUGGAUGGCUUGGAAGCGAAAUUGAAAGAGAAGAACGCCGGAGAGAAGACACCGACGACUCCCACCUCAGCGGGCAUCAAGGAAGAGGAGGCUUCGCGGGCAGAAGACGACACGGAAGAAGACAGUAACCCUAAACGCCUAGCCUUGGAUACUUCAAAGAUCGACGUGGAUGAGUCGGCCGUCUACUCACCUGCCCCGGCAAGUGAGCCAUCGCCUCCUGGUGUUCAGCCCGACGCCCUCCUGGACACAUACUUCACGAGGUUUCACUCCAAACCGUACCACAUCCUAGACGAGUCAUCAGUCCGGCAACGGCUUCAGUUGAAUCAGCUGCCGAGUUACCUGGUUCAUGGUAUCUAUGCUGUUGCAGCAAGAUAUACGCCUCAUCCCAGUGGUUACCAGUCGGCGGUUCAUCUGAGCGAGGAAUUCGCGGCGCGGGCAAGGGCAGAGAUCGACACGGAUGAGCCUUCGGUGGACGCCUUGCAGGCACUUCUCUUGCUGGUUAUUGCCUUCACUGCAGCGGGUAAAGGCAAGAAGGCGUACAUGCUGAUGACGAAUGCCGUCGGGAUGGCGAUGGCUCUGGAAACACAUCGUGAGAUGGACAACAACGCCCGAGUAACACCUGUGGAGAGGGAAAUGCGCAGGAGGCUAUUCUGGACAUGCUAUCUUCUGGACCGAUUUCUCGCAUGCGGAUCCAAACGCCCGUCCCUCAUCGGCGACAAAACAAUUCUCCUGAGGCUGCCGUGCUGGUCACCCAACCCAUCAGCACCGCCGAUGGACGGUGAAUUCUUCCAGUCCGGAUCCAAUCUCCAGUUCCUCCAGGGCAGUGGGAAGAAGUCGCAGGGAAGCACAGGCAUGCUCAUCGAUAUCAGUCGCAUUCUCGGCAUCACGAACCGAUACCUGGCAGCGGGAGGUGUCAAGGGAGACUCUCACUUCCCCUGGCACUCGCUUUCGAACCUGUCCAAGAUUCGCCAAGACUUGGAUAUUUGGGCUUCGGGCACCGAAGAUGUCUUUUCGAGUUUGGACACGCUAUUUGGUCAGCCCGAUUCAACAAUCUUGGUCCUGAGUAAGCUGAUCUACCACCUCAUACACUGCCUGAUCUACCGUCCCUUCCUUCCCAUCGACCUUGCCGAGCUCGCCGGAACCGGACAGCAUCAGUCAUGGCAGAUAGAGGCAACCAACAUGUGCUUCCUGCACGCCAAUGCCAUUUCUGAGCUUGUCGAACUCGGAAAGCAGACGGGCACGAUCGAAUGGCCUGCUUUCGUGGGCUACUGCAUCUGCACUGCCGGUACAGUCCACAUCCACGGCGCUCACUACAACAAGGCGGGAAGCGGAGACUCGACCGUCUUCAGCAUGUCGGCGGACUUCCUAUCGAGGGAGAUGCAGCAACUCAGCGAGCUGCGAUAUGCGUGGGCCAGCGUUCAGCACCAACGAGAAACUCUUCAAGGGAUUUACAAUGCUCACUCCGAGCUUGUCAAGAGCUUAGGGAACAACCCCAUGCGGUACUCUCCGGCGUUUCAUCUGGAGGAUUUCUUCGAUCGGUACUCUAACAUUGGUGGUCCUGGUGGUCAGUCAUUCAACUUUGACGCGGCGAACUUGAGUCUGUCCGACGUUGUUGUUGACUUCACCACCGAUACGUACACGGGACAUGAUCUCUACGCUCCUCGCGCAAAUAGCAUGCACGAAACUGAACGGCCAAACCUCAAGCGCAAGAACACGGCCCCAUCCGGCCGCAAGCGCCCUGAUCCAAAGGUCCUCUCUCCUCUCAGUACCACCAGCAUGGCACCUCCGCAUGGGCUACCGACGCCAUCUCAUGCUCGUCACUCAUUCUCACACCCCACCCCGACGGUGGCCACUCACCCUUCCCCGGGACUGUUGGCAACACCCACGUCGUUGCCACCUCACCCUGAGAUAGUAGAGCACGGCUCUAUGUCCAUGUCCCAUGGACAGUACGACGAGGCAGCAGCCAACAGCGCGGCAGUGGCGGCGGCGGCGGCUGCGGGAUUCUCUCUUGGACCUCAGCAUCACCAGCAGAGCAACAUCCCCGCGCUAUCUUCGACGCCGUUUUCUCCACAGUUCAGUUUUGCGACUCCCGGUCCAAGUGGCAACAAUGAAGGGGGCGGCAGCUACGAUCCGAUGUUUGGCGGCUUGCCAACCAACGCCUUCGGCAGCCCCGCCGCAUGGCAAGGCGAAGAGACAGGAAACAAGGCAGUAGGGGUUGCGGCUCCUAGCCCAGGGAACAAGAGCAACAACGGCAGCACCGGAACCGGUCCCGGCGAAGAGAAGGACCCGUUCCUGAGCCUGCUGGAGCAGCUCGCCGAGAACGAGCACCAAUUCGCGCGGCCCGGCAGCGAGCUCGACUUCUUCUUUGGCGGCGGCGGCGCGGCGCAGUAA